AUGGAAAAGUCCGCGAUUCUGGGACGCCUGGUGCGCGUGUCUGGGUUCCAAGAACGCCUCUUGGCCGACGACCUUUUCUUCCUUAAAGUCUUCUUCGAGUGCGGCGUCGGAAUGUUCACAAAGACUUUGGCCGAGUACGAUCGCCGAAAGGAGAAUUUCAUGAAGGAGAUCAACUUCGUGAUCGCCGAUAUCGUCAUGGCGCUCUUCGCGGAUUUCAUGCUGGUUUACCUGCCGGCUCCCACCAUUGCGCUGCGCGCUCCUGCCAUUAUCAAGGGCAACAAGAUCGCAUCGUUCUUCGCGCGUUGCCCUGACAAUGCCUUCCAAAUGGCGUUGGGUGGAGCCAAGUACAGUCUGUUGCAACGAGUGGGCUGUGUCGUGAGAAAUGGCGGGAAGCUGAUGGCCGUGGGAACUGUGUCGUCCUUGAUUGGCACUGGUGUCACAAAUGCACUGGUUGCUGCUGGCAAGAAGAAGGAAGCAGCUGCAACUGGCAAGGAGGUGGUGAAGGGCGAGGGGGAGCUUCCUUUGGUGGCGACAAGUGUUGCGUAUGGUGCAUACAUGGCCGUCUCCAGCAACUUGAGAUAUCAAAUACUUGCGGGAGUGAUUGAGCAACGCAUGCUCGAUCCUCUUCUUCGCAACCACAAGAUCGUCCUCUCUGGAGCUUCUUUCUGUAUCCGUACCCUCAACACCUAUCUUGGCUCCCUCCUGUGGGUGGAUUAUGCCCGCCUGGUCGGAGUUCAGUCCCAUGAGGCAGAGGCUCAAGCAGCUUGA